CUCGUGUAGGGUAAAGCGCGGCAAAAUCCCAGUAGACACCACACAGCCCUACGAGGUCUUCCAGCCGUCGUUGACUUCAUAGUAGACACCGCCAUGUACACGUCGUCCGCCCCCGGACCGGCCCGUGGCCGCGGCGGCAACCCGAACGCGGGUGUGCCGCCCCCACAACAGCAGCAGCCACAACAGCUCCGCGGACCAACGUCAGGUAACCCGGGCGCCCCACCGCAACUGGCCACAGCGGCUACUAGCCGCGUAGGUGAGAUGCUGGACCAGGUUAAAGCCGAGUACGAGGCUGCCAUUCAGCAGCUUAACAUGGCCAAGAUGGAACAGCUCGAGAUGGAGCGCAAGAUUCAGUCGCAGGUCGUGGAGAUGGACCAGAUCCAGCAGUCGCUUAAGGCGCUAGAGGCCAAUCACCGCCGUAUCCGUCAGCAGUACGAAGAGGACAUGCUGCGUAUGCGCAGGCAGCUCGAGACCGGCCAAGUGCCGCAACAGCAGCAGGUGCCUCCCCAACAGCAGGCCGUUCCGGCCAAGCUCCCGGCCAAACGCUCUCGUGCUCCGCCCACUAGUGGCAGCAUGCAGGAGGACUCCAACUCACUAAUGUCGAAUCUCGUGGCAGCCGCCACGUCGUCCGGCCGCGCCGGGGUGGCCAGCUCUCAGCAGCGAAGUGGAAGCUCUCCUGUGCGCGUUGUACCCGUCCAGCCGGCCUCACGAAGCCUGCAGCAGCUUGGCCAGCAGCCCCCUCAGCUUCCGCCUCCUCCUCAGGGAGGCAACACGAACCCACCGCCACAGCUCAGCCCUUUGGACACGAGCCAGGCCAACACGACUCCGUCUUCACGUCGCAUGCCCAGCAUUAAUAGCGAAGUGAACGGUAAAGACCGUGCUGCGUCGCCCCCAGCCCUGAAGAAGUCGAAGCUCAAUGGCUCGGAGCCCAGUAUCCCCAGUCUGAACGGGAAUGGCAAGGGCGCGCUUCCUUCCGUUAGCUCGACCGGCAACGCCUCUACAUCAAGUGGAAUGCUGCCCCAGGUGUCCAAGAUGAACCGUGAACAGGGAUCGGCCAGCACGAACUCAAGUCCCAGCGCUGCUAACCAGUCUCAGAACGCGUCAUCCAACUCUACAAAGACUGAGAGUGACAACACGGAGACCAGUCGUCCGUCCGCCAGUGCCACGUCGACGCUGUCAGCAGCUUCCGGGAACAAUACGACCCAGAAGAGCUCCAACACGAAGGCUAGUCGUCUCAACUGGAGUUGUGUAUACUCGUCCAAGACGAGCAUGUCGUACCAGGAGUCGGAGCGUCCGGCCGCUGAGAUGCAUCAGUCUAUGGACCACCAGAGCGUUGUGUGCUGCGUACGCUUCUCGUCUGACGGUACCAUGAUGGCUUCGGGCUGCCACAAGACGGCACAAGUUUUUGAUGUCAAGACUGGAGACCGCAAGUUCCUGGUGUCGCGUCCUGCUGGAUCCGGACAGACGCCUACGUCGCAGUCCAAUGCUGCGGCCAACGAGCCUGACGACGCUUAUGUUCGCGCUGUUUGCUUCUCGCCAGACUGUUCAAAACUCGUUGCAGGGAUGCCGCAGAACACUAUCCGUGUGUGGGAUAUCGCGUCGAACGAGGAAGGCCCAGCCAUGACUGGCCACGAGUCGGAAAUCUACUCUCUAGACUACGUGAACGACUUGAUUGUGUCUGGUUCUGGGGACCGCAAGGUGCGUCUCUGGGAUGCUCGCAAUGGCCAGUGCAAGAAGAUUUUCGGCAACGAGAGCGGUGGCCCGUCGGACGGUGUGACGUCGGUGGCGCUGUCACCGGAUGGACGACUUCUCGCUGCCGCGUCGCUGGAUAAGGUUGUACGGAUUUGGGACACGGAGACAGCACAACUAUUGGACCGACUGGAAGGCCACAGCGACUCGGUGUACUCGAUCGCGUUCUCGCCUGAUGGCAAGAACGUGAUCUCUGGCUCGCUUGACCGCAACAUCAUGCUGUGGGACGUGUGUGCUCAGGGCCGCACGACGACACGGCCGCGAAUGCUUUUCCAGGGCCACAAGGACUUUGUGCUUUCAGUCGCCUACACGCCUGAUGGAAGGUGGUUGAUGUCCGGUUCCAAGGACCGAUCUGUGGUGUUCUGGGAUCCGCGUUCGUCUCGCUCUGUGCUGACAUUGACGGGCUACCGGAAUUCCGUGAUAAGUGUGGCGUCGUCCCCAGCGUCCCCCUACUUUGCAACGGGAAGCGGAGACUGCUUUGCUGUGAUCUGGAAGUACCAGUGCCAGACUUUUUAAACUAUACAUCAAGUCGACGCGACGCGAUGACGCACUCAGGACAAACAAGUGUGAACUCGGAGCAAACCAAGUGAAGCGCAGCGGAUAAAUUUGAAGUCGUGACGCUUGCGGCAAGCGCGUGGUGAUACGAGUUGGUCUUGGAAGACGUGUGCGUUAUCAGCGAGCGAGACUGAGAGAGAAGAAGGCAUCGAAACGAAUCAAGACGAAAAAAAAACUUUUGUGCGAUGGCCGACAACAUUAGGCAGAGUAAGGAAGACGCGCGAUGCGUUCUCCUGAAGUGAAUUGAGAGGGUGGAUAGUGCGUGUGCAAUGGAAUGGAUUCUGAACAA